CGGUGUGUGAAAGUGGUGCAGCACAGUAAGUGCAUCGCCGUAUUCCGUGGAGUUCAAGACCACGCGAAUCACAGAAACAAACAGUCUUCGAUUGUGUGUAUUUUUUUUUGCAUACCGCGCCAUCAAGGAGAAAGUUCUGCCCAAGGCAUCAACGGGCAACGGGCUGCCGAUUUCGCUUUGUCGGUGUUCAAAUAAAUACUCUCGCGCGUCGUGUCCUGCCACCUGCAUCACGCAAGCAGAUGGGACUUUUUGCGGUCAUUGCUUCGAAGUCCGGCUGCUAAAAACACACAAACCAUAACGUGAAGAGGUAGAAAGUGAAGAGCAAACUUUUCGUAUCUUUUAUUUAUUUUACGUCGUGAAAGAGCAACACCAGCAGUGAAGAUGAUAUCCUUCUCGAAGUUCGUGGCGAUGUUGAUGAUCGUCGUCGUAGCGCUGCUAACGCCAACCUGCUGGACACUGCCCAAGCAGCGUUACUCGCGUGACGGAGGUGAACCACGCAGUCUGGUUGGCGUCUCGACUAACAUCAUCACGAGCAGCCUUCUCAAGGGUGCGGCCGAAUCCACCGGAAAUCAUGUGUUUUCUCCGUUCGGCUUUUCCUCGAUACUGACCAUGAUCAGCGAGGGUGCCGAAGGUCAGACACUGAAGGAGCUGUACGAUGUCUUCAAAUUCCCCACCGAUCGAGAUCUAGUGCGACGAGCGUACGAUGAGUCUCUGAAGCGGUUAAGCGGACAGAAUCCUGCCAACGAGCCCCAGUUUAAGACCUGGUUUUACAUCUACAAGAACAACUCCGUCCAUCAGGCGUAUAAGGAUGUGCUGGAGCGUAACUACGGUGUUGAGGUGCGCGAUAUCGAGCGUAAUGAUUACGAUUUCGAUGAACCGAAAACGUCGCUGGAACCGGUGGUGGCCGAUGUGGAGGAUGAAAAAGUGGAAGAAGUAAUUGAGGAAGAGAUCACGGAGGAAAGUAACAAUCUGGGCGGAGAUAAUCGUGUCACGGAGCAGGAAGGUGGCAACAGCAACAACAGCAAGGACAUCGUGGACUUUGAGGUGCUGAAGAUCAAAUCGGCACUGCCGGUAGACGAUGCCAAGGAUGAUGUACGGAUUGACACGGGUAUUACUACCAAUUACGAUGAGAUAGAGGAUGAGAACCCGAAGUUCGACAAGAACAUUGACGAUAAAGAGUAUGUCGAUCCAACGAAGAUUAAGGCCGAGCUGGCUAAGCAGAAAAUGGAUGCCAUGAACGAAGUGCUCGAACAAGGCGAAACCAACGAAAAGGUUAAGUCCGUGGCCGCCGACUCUAACAAUCAGGAGCCCGCGAAACUAUCGCUGCCAUUGAAGAAACUUGGCGCGGAAAGCGAUGAACUAGAGAUUAUGCAGCUCUCCGAUAGCAAUGUGUCAACACGCAAGCUCAAUUUAGGCAGAUCAUUCCUCACCGGCGAUAUUGCAUCGGCACUCAGCGGUAAUUCGUUAGUCGGACGAAAGCUGAACGCUAAACAAGACGAUCCGCAGCCAAAUGAGUCUAAGAUGCUUCUCUUCAAUGGGCUCUACUAUCGGGGUGCCUGGGCAACACCAUUCCAGCAACUAAGGACCGAGGAGAGCAUGUUCUUCACCAAUACCGAAGAAAAGCCCGUCAUGAUGAUGCGAUCGCAAGGAACGUUCGGAAUUGGCAAAGACGAUCAGCUUGAUGCCAAGUUCUUGGAGCUACCAUACAAUAACUCCCGUUACUCGCUGCUACUGAUGGUGCCAAACAGUAAGGAUGGUCUGAAGGAGCUGAUUAAAAACUUCAAUCCCGACACGCUGAGCACGGUCCAAAAGUCGUUAGUUCAAAUGCCAGCGCAGAUUUGCAUUCCAAAGUUCCGCAUUGACACCACCAGUCGGGCCGAGAAACCGUUGGCCAAGCUUGGAUUGAUCACCAUGUUUACCUCGAAGGCCGAUCUGAGCGGUAUCACCGAUGAGCAGAAAAUCCACGUCGACGAGCUGGUGCAGCACGUGUCCAUCCGCGUCGAUGAGGGAUCUAGCAGCGAGAACGCACUAUCCGCCACGAAUACCAUCGAAGCCAAAACGUUGGAAAAUGAUCGAGAACAGUUCCUUGCUGACAAGCCGUUCCUUUUCUUCGUACGCGACAUCGUGGAUGAUAUCGUGAUCGUUGCUGGCAAAAUCACGGAUGUUCCGUACGCGGAGUGAACGAACCCAACGAUGCGUCAAGCAUACGUACACCUUUAACUAUUAAGCAUAACAUGUAGUGUUUGAUAGCAGGCAGAUGUUACAUACGUAGUCAUAGCACGAGAUAGAGUUCAGAUUCUGUCCGCAUUUUACUGAUCCGUUCCAGACCGGAUCCAAAUUCCCGUAAUGCGCUAGCCGCAUACCUGUCGAUAUGAGAUAUGCGAUGGCGAAGAGUUAAAGAGCUUAUAUUGAGCUCCGCAACUCUGGGUGAAGCUCCAUCCAGGAAUGUUUGAUUUCAGGCAUUGGACACUAAUUGCCACGAACUUACUGUAGUUCCUCUUAUCUUCUGCUGGCAUUGACUACGAAAAUUCGAAUCAACUAUCUAGAACCGCAUCACAUGGGUGCGUUUUUUCCAUUCUGGACCAAAAGUGCAAGCAUUUGCUAGCUGUUCGAUUUUAUCUCUUCACGUCUUUACUCUAUUCCGAAUCUCUUCUAAUGGAAUAGUUCAUUCAAAGUUCCACUAGAUGACGAUCGACGACAGUGCCGACGUAGUACAAAUGAAGCCCAGCAAAACCGAAGACAUCACGGUCAACCAAACACACGAAUCAGAUGAAGCUAUCGGACGAACGGUCUCGUUCUGAAAUAUGAUUCAAAGAGGUAUUUCAAAACUGUAGAUCACGUGUUCUAUCGCUCGAGAGACAUCAUCUUUUGGUUUGACCGGAUUGAGAAACUACAGAACAUCGGAACAUCAACACCUGCCUGGUAUGCGAAAUAUUCGCCAACAUGGGAACCGGAAUGGGCGGUGCUACUAUGUAGAUCGCACCUAGAACGUAACAGACUGCUAGGUAAAGCUACUGAUUAUUUAUGAUUCUUUAUUGUAAAAAAGAAGGAGAAUUUUUACUCGUAAUAAAAUGGUGCAAACUGCAUGUACU